AUGUCUAUGACUCUCCUCGAUAUUGCGAUGACGGAAGCAAGUUCCAAGCCAAGUGGAAGUGGUCACCGAGAAAAUGACAAUGAAAAGCGAGGUUUCCCUCAAGAAAACAGUAAGAAUUCUAGUAGUAAAUCAAGGGGUGAAAGUAACUCAUGCAUGUUAGAUUGCGAGAAGGACGGCGAGAAGGUUCACGAGAAGCCCGCCAAAGAAUCGAUGUUUUCAAUAUUCGAAUUUCCAAAGUCAGAGCCCAAGUUAAACGCACAGGAGAAGAAAAUUGAGAAAGAGAAGAGAAAAGAGAUUGAAAGGAAGAUCAAGGAGGAUGAGAAAGUCGAGAAAGAGAAGAUGGAGAACGAGAGAAAAAUGGGAAAGAAGAUCAGAGACGAGGAGAAAAGAAGAGCGAAGGAAAAAAAGAGAGAGAUGGACAAGAUGAUUCAAGAGGCCAAGAAAAGAGAGAAGGAGAGAAUAAAUAUUGCAAAAAAGAAGGUCGAAAAUGAUAUAAGCCAAGUUAAGGCCGAGUAUAAAAGGUGGCAGAAGGAGAAUGAUUGGAAAAGAGCUGAAGCAAGACGAGUAGACGCGGAACAUGCAAGAUUAUAUCAUUCAUCGCGGGAUGGUCAAACGUAUACCGAUGAUCAAAUGCGCGUGGAGCAUGAAUGGCGUUGUCAUGAUGCCAGGGCGAAGUACGAGAAAGAUCUUCGGAUUGAACAGCUGAAGUCGAAGUUGAAGGCACUGGACUUGCAAUUGACAAUGUCAGGAGAAGAGUUAUUGCGAUUGUAUCAGUUGAAAGCAGAGGAUGAAAUAUCCAAGGAAGAAGCAAGAGAACGAUUGAGAAGAUCCAUGCAGACCGAAAAUUCUGUAGCGCAACCCAGACAAACCGCACAAUCCAUUGAAGAAGAACUCACUAAGAAAUUCACCUCAUCGGUCGUCAGCCAAGGAAUCAACUCUUCUAUGGAAGACAAUCCUUUCUAUGCGCCUGGCGAGUUCAAGUAUCACAAGAUAGGAGAAUGGGAUUCCGACACUUGCAAGGAGUGGAUCUAUGAUUCUCUUGAGGAUGGUCUUACAGGCUUUGAGCUACAACAGCUAUGUUGCCAGUUAAGAAAAAUGCCACGUAUCCGUGGAAAGCAAAUGUUUGGAGCGACGGAAGAGGAAUGGGUUAAGUGGUUGGAUAUCCAAGGUCUAUUGAUCCAUGACAAGUUGCAGAAGAUCGCUGAAGUGAAGGUGGACAUGUAG